AUGGCUACGAUGACCCCUUCUUCAAUCAGCAACGCCUGGCUCAUUCCCGGAGCCUCUUUCACUGUAAAGAAGAACGAUUGCUCCAUCAAAUGCUGCUUCUCGCGUAAAGCCGGCAAACAAAUACCAUCAUCAGCUCAGAGACUCGUCUUGCCUCUUUCCACUUCGCUUAAACUGUUUCCUACUCAUGGAAGGCAGUUUGUGUUGCAUCCUCAUCGUAUCAGAGCCACUGGGACUGAUGUUGUGGCACUAGAGGAACAAGACUCUCCUCCUGUUGCAGAAACCGAUGCAAAUGACAAGUCAGCAGCUCCAGCUCCUGCCACUACUACUACUACUCCAACAUCUCAGUCAAGAGGAACAGCAAGACCCGGAAGGACUAACGAAACGCCGACGGUUAAGAACGAGGAGCUUGUUCCCGGAGCUACCUUCACUGGGAAAGUACGAGCGAUCCAGCCUUUUGGUGCUUUCGUUGCCUUUGGUGCCUUCACUGAUGGACUAGUCCAUGUCUCUCAGUUGAGUGAUAGCUUUGUUAAGGAUGUUGCGAGUGUUGUCACUAUUGGACAAGAGGUGAAAGUGAGGCUGGUGGAAGCUGACAUUGAAGGAAAACGUAUUUCUCUCACAAUGCGUGAGAAUGACGACCCUCCCAAGCGCCAGUCCGGUGGUGGUAGUAGUGAUAAGCCGAGACCAGGAGGAGGGAAGAGGAAUGCUUCAAAAGGAGGGCAGAGGAAGGAAGAUGGUUUCAACUCAAAGUAUGUGAAAGGGCAGAUGUUGGAUGGAGUGGUGAAGAAUUUGACGAGGUCAGGAGCGUUUAUAACGAUAGGUGAAGGCGAGGAAGGGUUUCUACCUACCAAUGAGGAAGCUGAUGAUGGGAUUGGGAGCAUGAUGAUGGGUGAUGGCUCUUCGUUGCAAGUUGGACAGGAGGUUAAGGCUCGUGUGUUGCGGAUUGCGAGGGGACGUGUUACUUUGACGAUGAAAGAGGAAGAUGAUGGUAAGUUUGAUGAAACUGUUAGUCAAGGAGUUGUGCAUACAGCCACGAAUCCGUUUGUGCUUGCUUUCCGUAAGAACGAAGAGAUUGCUGCGUUUCUUGACAAGAGGGAGGAAGUGGCUGAGAAACCAGUAGAGCCUGUGAAUGAAUCAGAAGAAGCUGAAGCCACUAUCACAAGUGAAGAGGUUCUCACAUCAGAGACUCCCAAGGUAGAAGAAGAAGUGAUAGCGGCGAAAGCUGAAGAUGAUUCACAGGAAAAGGUAGAGCAGACAGAAACACUUGCUGCAGCAGCUGAAGCUGAAGAGGUGGAGAAGAUUCCAGAAGAAAGUGGCAAUGUGAUCAGUUCUGAGACAGUACCAGAUGUUCCUUCAAUUCCAGAAACCAAAAAUGAAGAGGAAAUUGCUGAGAACUCUGUUCCUUCAGAACCACCCACUGAUGAAGUUUCAUCUUCAGAAGCUGUAGCCAGUGAAGAGGUUCAAAAGGAGGAAGUGGUGGCCGAAGUACCUACUGCUAAUUAUGAUGAGACUCCUUCCUUUUUUGCCACAGAAGCUUCUUCUUCUGAGGAAAGUGGCAACACUGCUACUGCAGAUGAAAGCAUCAAAGGGAGCAUUUCACCAGCUCUUGUGAAGCAGCUGAGAGAAGAAACAGGUGCGGGAAUGAUGGACUGCAAGAACGCUCUUUCCGAGAGCGAGGGAGAUAUGGUCAAAGCUCAGGAGUACCUCCGCAAGAAGGGACUAGCCAGCGCAGAUAAGAAAGCAAGCAGAGCCACAGCCGAGGGAAGAAUCGGUGCUUAUAUCCACGACAGCAGAAUCGGUGUCCUCUUGGAAGUUAAUUGUGAGACGGAUUUUGUCUCACGUGGCGACAUUUUCAAGGAGCUUGUUGAUGAUCUGGCGAUGCAGGUGGCUGCGUGCCCUCAAGUAGAGUAUCUUGUAACCGAAGAUGUUUCGGAAGAAAUUGUGAAGAAGGAAAAAGAGAUAGAGAUGCAAAAGGAAGAUCUUUUGUCGAAACCGGAGAAGAUGAGGGAGAAGAUAGUGGAAGGUCGGAUAAAGAAGAGGCUAGAUGCACUUGCGUUGCUCGAGCAACCAUACAUUAAAGACGAUAAGGUGAUAGUGAAGGAUUUGGUAAAGCAGAGAAUUGCAACCAUUGGAGAAAACAUCAAAGUAAAGAGAUUCAUCAGAUACACUCUCGGAGAAGGCCUUCAGAAGAAAAGCCAGGACUUUGCUGCUGAGGUUGCUGCACAAACCGCAGCUAAACCAAAAUCUGAACAAGAGAAGGAACAGCCAAAAGCUGAAGAGCCUAAGGAAGCUGUUGCAAGUCCAGCAAGUACAGUGGUGGUUUCAGCUGGUCUAGUGAAGCAGCUGCGUGAAGAAACAGGAGCUGGAAUGAUGGAUUGCAAGAAGGCAUUGGCGGAGACAGGAGGAGAUCUUGAGAAAGCACAAGAAUACCUCAGAAAGAAGGGUCUCUCAACAGCUGAUAAAAAGUCAAGCCGGAUUGCAGCAGAAGGGAGAAUCGGCUCAUACAUUCACGAUUCUCGGAUUGGAGUUCUGAUUGAAGUGAACUGUGAGACUGAUUUCGUGGGAAGAAGCGAAAAGUUCAAGGAACUGGUUGAUGAUCUUGCAAUGCAAGCAGUGGCUAAUCCACAGGUGCAAUAUGUUUCGGUUGAUGAUAUUCCAGAGGAGAUAAAGCAGAAGGAGAAAGAGAUUGAGAUGCAAAGAGAGGAUCUUUUGUCGAAACCAGAGAACAUAAAGGAGAAGAUCGUUGAAGGAAGGAUCUCAAAGAGGCUUGGAGAAUUAGCAUUGCUUGAGCAGCCUUACAUUAAAGAUGAUAGUGUUCUUGUUAAGGAUCUUGUGAAGCAAACGGUCGCUACUCUUGGUGAAAACAUCAAAGUCAGGAGGUUCGUGAAUUCUCUCCAAUCUCAGUGCAAGAUGAACUUUGGGUUACCGAGCAUUUCGUGGUUUAACAACAACAACAGCUCGAAGAAGGAUGUAGCCAUAGUAGAAACCGUGACAUCCACGACUACUCUCUUGGAACAGCCAGGUCAAGAGAAAGCCUUAUUCGAUAUAAAGAUAUGGACUUGGUCCCUUAGUUCUGUGAUUCCUUGGGCUGCGAAUUCUGGUGAUGGAAAGCAGAAACCCACAACUAUCAACAGAGGGUUAAAACGGCACGUCAAGUCUCGCAGGUCCUCAAGGUUUAACAGUGUGAACACUGUUUACCGGUUUAGACCUUACGUGUCGAAGGUUCCGUGGCACACAGGGACGAGGGCGUUUCUUUCGCAGCUUUUCCCGAGAUACGGGCAUUACUGUGGACCUAACUGGUCCAGUGGGAAAGAUGGGGGUUCGAUGAUAUGGGACCAGAGGCCUAUUGAUUGGUUAGACCAUUGCUGUUAUUGCCAUGAUAUUGGUUAUGAUACUCAUGACCAGGCAGAGCUGCUUAAAGCUGACAUGGCGUUUCUUGAGUGCUUGGAAUCGAACAAGCGCGUUGUUACAAGAGGGGAUGCUCAAGUUGCUCACUUUUACAAGACAAUGUGCAUCACAGGUCUCAAGAGCAUACUAAUACCAUACAGAAGCUACCUUGUAAAGAUACAAUACGGGCAAAAUCUGCUCGACUUUGGCUGGAUAUUGACCAACCUUAGCAAGAGAAGCUGGAGCUUUCAGAAGAAUUGA